AUGAGUGUGAUCUAUUCAACUGAUCUUGUUGAUAUCAUAGAUUGCCUUCCAGUAUUUAGUAUAUUACCAUGGUAUUCUCUCAACUCUAAGGAUUACAAGCUAGAUCAACCUUAUUUUCGUACCAAAGCUAUGACUGAUAAAGAAACACGCCCCAAGAAAAAACGAAAACAAAUCAGUACCACCGAUCAACAGACUCAAGAACGGCAUGAAGUAUUAUUACCGUUUCUAUCAUUGUGUAUGGAAGACAUUACCUCUUAUUGGCGACAACAUCGACAACAGCAGCAAGAAGAAGCGAAAACGUUAGAAAAAAUAGAUCUUGUAGACUAUGACAAGGAUAAUGAAGAACUCACCAUGCUACACUUUCCGGAUUGGAUCCCAUCAGCUACAGCUCUACGACGGUUCCAGUCUUUUGACAGUAUACCCACAGUGACACUGACUUUAGAAUUGCAAGAAUUUGAAUUACUGGAUAUAUUUAAUCAAUGGAUUAAGAACAAGACUUCCAUGUGUCGAAAAAUCACUUUGAGCGGUCAUGGUACUUACCUUAUUCCACCACAGACAGAUUUUCUCAUGGGUGAUUUGAAAGAUGUGAACGACCUUCUACUUAAAGUCCAUCGAUCCUCCCAUUAUGAAACACAAGAUAUUUAUGAUCUCUAUCAGAUACCCAUAUCAUCGAUGAUUCAUGACGGUUCAUUGAUUGCAGUCUGGGUCACAAACAAACCAAAGUUUAGGCGAUUCGUGAUAGAAAAGUUAUUCAAAUCAUGGAAGGUAGAUUGUAUAGGUGAAUGGACUUGGAUCAAGGUGACAAAUCAUGGAGAACCUGUACUUCCUCUGAAUUCUACUCAUCGAAAACCAUAUGAACAACUUAUUAUUGGACGAUACUAUAAACAACAAAUAUCAUCAUCUAGUUUUCCUUAUCAACAUUCUAUUGUUAGUGUACCUUCAAAACGUCAUUCAAGAAAACCGCCAUUACAAGGUUAG